AUGAACAACCCGUUUGAAGGAGACCCAGACUUUCAGUUCCUGGCGAGGGAUGUGAAGAAGAUGCUGGAGGAGCAGAACAAACCAUUUGAUGCGAAGACAUCCUGCUGGGUGCCUGACCAUAAGGAAGGCUACAUCAAGGCAAACAUCUCCGCCACCAAAGGUGAAGAGGUCACAGUCACCACUGAAUCCAUGGAGAAGACUUUCAAGAAAGACCAGAUUCAACAAAUGAACCCUCCCAAGUUCUUCAUGGUUGAGGACAUGGCCAACAUGACCUACUUGAACGAGGCUUCUGUGCUCCACAACUUGAGAUCCCGUUACACCAACGGGUACAUCUAUACAUACUCAGGUCUCUUCUGCGUGGUCAUCAAUCCCUACCGUCGUCUCCCUAUCUACACCCCCAACGUCGUCAGCAAAUACCAGGGGAAGAGGAGGAACGAAAUGCCACCCCAUCUUUUCUCCAUUGCUGACAACGCUUACAGAAACAUGACUGUCGACCGUGAGAACCAGUCCAUCCUCAUUACUGGAGAGUCUGGUGCCGGAAAAACGGAGAACACGAAGAAGGUCAUCUCGUACUUCGCUCUCAUUGCGGCCGCCUCACAGAAGAAAGAAGAAGCAGCUUCCGGAGCACAGUCUAAGGGUUCGCUUGAAGACCAGAUUGUGCAGACCAACCCCGUCUUGGAAGCCUACGGUAACGCCAAAACUGUCAGGAACAACAACUCUUCACGUUUCGGUAAAUUUGUUCGUAUUCAUUUCGGAAGCAACGGAAAAAUUGCCGGAGCUGAUAUUGAGAGCUAUUUGUUGGAGAAGUCCCGUGUGACCUACCAGCAGCCUGGCUUGGAGAGGAACUACCACAUCUUCUACUUCCUGCUAAGUAACCAAGUCCCUGCCUACGCCGAGAAGUUGUUGGUGCAGAUGGACCCGGGCCUCUACUUCUACAUUAAUCAGGGCUGCCUCACUGUCGACAGCAUCGACGACAAGGAGGAGAUGCAGCUCGUUGAGGACUCCUUCAAAGUUCUUGGAUUCGACGAGGUGGCCGAGAAGUAUGCCUUGUACAAGUGCACAACUGCCGUCAUGCACUUCGGUGAGAUGAAGUUCAAGCAGAGACCGAGAGAGGAGCAAGCUGAGGCCGAAGGAACUGCAGAGGCAGAGAAAGUAGCCUUCCUGCUGGGGUUGAACUGUUCGGACAUGUUGAAAUGCCUGCUGACCCCUAGGGUGAAGGUUGGAUCGGAGUACGUGACGAAGGGUCAGAGCAAGGACCAAGUGGUGUACGCAGUGGCUGCUCUCGCAAAAGCCAUGUACGACAGAAUGUUCAAGUGGCUCAUUGCCAGGGUCAACAAGACUUUGGACACGAAGACCAAGAGGCAGUACUUCAUCGGUGUCCUAGAUAUUGCAGGAUUCGAAAUUUUCGAAUACAACACCUUCGAGCAGUUGUGCAUCAACUACACGAACGAACGUCUGCAACAGUUCUUCAACCAUCACAUGUUCGUGUUGGAGCAGGAAGAAUACAAGAAAGAAGGCAUUCAGUGGGAGUUCAUUGACUUCGGCAUGGAUCUUGAGGAAUGUAUCAACCUCAUCGAGAAGCCCAUGGGCAUCUUGUCCAUCCUUGAGGAGGAAUGUAUGUUCCCCAAAGCCUCCGACAAAACUUUCUUGGCCAAGUUGUACGAGAAUCACGAAAAGAAAUCAAAGAACUUCGGCAAGCCGAAACCACAAAAGAACGCCAAAUAUGAGCCACACUUUGAGAUCUACCAUUACGCCGGCACUGUGCAAUACAACUGCAAUGGCUGGUUGGACAAAAACAAGGACCCCAUCCAGGAGUGCGUUGUUGAGUUGAUGCAGCAGUCCAAAGAGCCCCUCGUCUCCCACUUCUUCAAGGAGCCAGAAGAUGAGAGCGGUGGAAAAAAGAAGAAGAAGGGUUCAGCCUACCAGACUAUUUCCGCCACUCACAGAGAACAACUGGCAAAAUUGAUGGCCACAUUAAAGACAACUCAUCCAUCAUUCGUCAGAUGUCUCAUUCCCAAUGAACAGAAAAAACCAGGUGUCUUGGAAGCGGAGUUGGUUUUGCACCAGUUGCAAUGUAACGGUGUGUUGGAAGGCAUCAGGAUCUGUCGUAAAGGUUUCCCGAACAGGAUGGUCUACUCCGAAUUUAAGCAAAGAUACUCAAUCCUGGCUCCCAACGCCAUCCCAGCUGGAUUCGUUGACGGAAAAGUUGCGUCGGAAAAGAUUCUUGCCUCGUUGAACAUCGGCGACACCUAUCGUAUCGGUCACACAAAAGUUUUCUUUAAGGCAGGUAUUCUCGGUCAGCUUGAAGAGAUGAGAGAUGAAACUCUUUCAAAGAUUAUCUCUAACUUCCAAGCUCGCAUCAGGGGCUACCUCAUCAGAAAGAAUUACACAAAACUCUGUGACCAGAGAGUUGCAUUGAGCGUCAUUCAGCGCAACAUCAGAAGAUGGAUGUCCAUGAGAAAUUGGCAGUGGUGGAAACUUUACACCAGAGUUAAGCCUCUCCUCACUCAAGCCAGAGCUGAAGAC